CAAGUCGCAGUGCUGGGGGCUCUUUUUCGCUUACUGGCACACGAAACGAGACGCUCGUUAAGUGGAAGCUUGUUUCGUUCCUAUCCUCUCCUUUACGGCAGAACACUGCCUACAACUUCAAUUCCCGGUGCGCGACUCUAUAGUGACCCUUAAGGAUGCCGCGGCAGAGUUCAGAGAUGAGGCAGCCUUCGGGUCUCUGUAUUCUGAGACCGAAGCCCGAGCCAACAGACACAUAUUCGUCAGCAGCAUUUCCAAACGGGGGAACGAUCAAUGCCUUCCCGAGUCUUCAAAAGAAUGACGAAUUAGAUUCCAAGGCUCAGUACACUUCCGAGCUGUUGUUGAAGACUGAACAAGAGGCUUCUAUGAGCCCUUCGGACGAACGUUGCAGAUUUGCGAUUGGGACAGUCACACCACCCUGCGUUGGACAGCAAGAACGUCUUCAUGCGUGUGACCACUGUGGUAAAUCGUUUCGGAGGAAGGACGAUUUGCAAAGGCAUAUAAGUUUUGUUCAUUUGAAACAAAGUGCUCACUCCUGUGAGCAAUGCAUGAAACGUUUUUCUGGAAAGUCUCAACUCCAGACUCACGUAAACUGCGUCCACUUGAAAAAGCGGCCAUACCAAUGCAAUCACUGUGAGAAAGCGUUUCCUCUUAAAUCUAAUCUCCGGACCCACGAACAGUCUGUUCACCUGAGAGAGCGACCUCACAAAUGUAAAUACUGUGAGAAAACCUUUUCUCACUCGAACAGUCUCCGGUUCCACGAGCGCUCUGUUCACCCGAAACAAAGUGCUCACUCAUGUGAGCAAUGUAUGAAACGUUUUUCUCGAAAGGCUCAACUCCAGACUCACGUAAACUGCGUCCACUUGAAAAAGCGGCCUCACCAAUGCAAUUACUGUGAGAAAGCGUUUCCUUUUAAAUGUCAUCUCCGGUUCCACGAACAAUCUGUUCAUCUGAGACAGUGCACCCAUGUGUGGGAUUCCGGUCGAAUUAGAUUCGUUGCCUAUAAACGUGUUGGAAGAACAGCUACCAAAUAUGGGGAUAUUCAGGGUAAAUCCGAUGGAUUCUUUUGGUGCAUCCAGAAAUGUUUACGACUCAAAACAGCCGACUCGUACAGUUCCUUUAGACAAUAG